AAUGUCUCCCUCAUUAUUUUUAAAUUUAAAACGGUGUUGCACGCGGUUUAGAAUUUACGGAGUCACUGACUGAAAUCUAAAAAUAACGAAGCGAUACGAAACGUUAGAAAUUGCCAAAUAUAGAAACUCAGCGAGGCCGAUGCUAAAUAUAACCUUUACGUUUAGAUGCAGCGUGCCGCAGUCUGUUUGCAAGCUUCUAGCGGUUAAGUAGGAUUGUAAAUUACAGUAAUUAGUGAAACAAGCGCCGGCUCAUUAAUAUGUCGGGGGAAGUGUCUGACGCAGUAAAGAAAUGCUGCAAUAUUUUGAAAAAUUCCACCAGUGAUACCGAAAAAUUUGCUGCCCUUUUCAUGGUAACGAAACUAGUUAAAGGGAAACAUGCCACCCCUGCAGCGAAGAAAGCAAUAUUCGAGGCCAUUGGUUUUGACUUUUUACGAAGAUUGUUGUUGACAAGCGAUGUUCCUGUUGAUUGCCCUCCUUCGAUAUACAAGUCCGUAGCUUUAUCGAUCAUCACAGUGUUUUGUAAUGAGGAAGAGUUAGCAACGAAAAAAGAGAUGAUCGAUUUUGUACCGGUGUUCCUUGAAAUUGUGAAAGCUGCUGACGAAUCUGAAAAUGAUGACAGUCUUAUGGCAAUUGGAGAGGCUUACAACUGCCUGAAAGGUAUUGCUGCUUACCCUCCUGGACAAAAAGCUCUUAUUGAUGCUAACGGUAUUGACAAACUAAGUGAAAUUUAUUCUCAAGGCAGUUUUCAAUCUGACGAAGCUCUAACUAUUAUGGCAGUGCUGAUUGCUAAACAAGGAACAUCAUGGGAAGCAAAAGAUCCCAGAGCUGUCCAUGCUCUUUUAAAUAAGAUUGCUGUCGAUUUCGAGACCGACCAAGACAAGAGAAAAUUUGAAGUAUGCGAAGUACUUAAUGCACUUAUUUUUAACUGUCCUAGAAAAGUUGUAGCUGAAUCUGCCUCCAGUGAGACGUGGCCGCAAUGCAUAUACAAAGGCUUAUCAGACAUUUUACAAAGUAAAAUUGGUGCAGCACAGAGAAAUCCUGCACUGUUGCUAGCUUCAAGUAUGUUGGAUUUUCUCGGCAUUGAUUGGCUCUUUUCCGAUGAAGAAAAAGGUAAACAAAUGUUCUUACUCCUAAUACAACUAGCUGCAAUAGAAGUACGUAUGCAAUUAGAUGGAAAAACGUUGAAAGCUACAGCCCCAAAUCAAAAUUUAAUCACAGCGUGCUACAUUAUUUUAGAAUUGUCUAUGAAUUACCUUUCGACCGAUCAGUUAGAUUUGGACCAAAAGGAGAGGCAAACACUUUAUACAGGUCUUAAGGGGGCUUUCACAGCAAUUAUUAAUUUGCUUAUUAAAGUCUCAAAUGAUAAAAGCAAACCUUCCGGGGAAGAUAAACUAUUUGUUUGCGCUACGAUUAGAGUUUUAUCUGCAUGGUUAGCCCAGGAAACCACCGCUAUGCGCACUCAAGUCUACCAGUUGUUACCGUUCAUAUUAGAAUUGGCCAACGAAACAUUUUAUGCUUAUAGAGCAAGACGUGUUGCAGAAAAGGCAGGAACUGCUACAAAUACAGACCGUGACCCUCUUAGCAGUGUUGACGUUUUAAGGGUUAUGCUUCCUGCUCUAUGUCACUUGGCCGUUGAAGAUGAAUCUAGGAAGAUCAUUCUGACUCAAAAUGAGGAUAAAGUUUUGUUGGAGUUUUUAGAGUUCCACUGGACUAUCGUCCAUUACAAGAGACCUCCCGUACCUAGAGCGGAGAGGUUAAAAGCUCUUAGCCAGCCUAAACCCGAGUUAACACCAGAAAUUUUAGAAGAUAUGAAAGAUUCCAGGGUGGCCAUGAUAAGCUGUUGCAACAUAUUGAUGAAUUUAACAGUUUUGGAACCAAAAUAUGUCGAGAAAUCGGCUGUGUUUAAUAAUUUACUUAAAUUUAUUUUUGAAAAUCUCCCAGAACUCAAAGAUAUCCCAGAGAAUUUAGUGCUGCAUGGAAAUCUGGCUGUUCUCGGUUUAUUAUUAUUAAAACAGUUGUCCAGUAAAGUAAAGAAAAACGACUUUUCAAUAUGUCGUUAUAUUCAGGCUACCAUCCGUUUCCUUUGGAAUGCUUACAUUGUUGACGAAUCCAAUGAUCCUACUGCUCUCGUUGUUGCCAUGUCUUACAAGGAACACUGGAUGGAAAUUAUGGAACUCUGGUUCUUGGGAAUGCAGACAUUAGCAGCUGUCAUCGCCCAGAUACCAUGGAUAUCGGAGUUUGCAAUAGAAAGUGGGUGGGCUGAAGGUAUCAUACAGUUGUUGAAGAAAGUUAAAAUUGGUACCCUUCCACCAAACAUAAAGUCUGCAUAUGAAGAUUUCUUAUGUCACUUAGUAGAUGCCAAUGAAAGUGUUAUAGAGGUCUUAAAGAAGGCAGAAGCUUUAAGAGUCUGCAGAAAUCACAGGCUGAUGGAAUUGGGAAAGAAGCUCUUUGGUGAUUAAAUUGUGGAAAAACAUUACCGAUUUGUUACCGAGUUAAUUAUUUAUUUUGGUUGUAAUGUGGGAGGGCAACCAUUUCUUAUCAUUUAUAUAAUACGUAUCUACUAGGUUCUUAUUGUUAUUAGCAUUUAUUAAUUUGUCGAAUAAAUGAGAUUUAAAUCAGUUCAGCUAAAUUUUAUAAACAAAAUAAUGGUUGUGCCACAUUAUUCCCUAUUUAUCUUUUCUAACAUAGCUUGUGCAUAUGUUUUCGUUAUUUUAUUGCUGAGUACAAAGUGCAUUUUUGCCAUGCAUUAUGUAAAUUUUGUAUGUUUUUUUAUAUAUAAAAAAUGUUUUCUAUAUUUCUAAGAUGUAAUAUAUAAAAAUAAAUUAUGAAAACGUGUGUGGUCGUUUAUAAAUUUCAUUAUUAUUUGGCAGUGAUUUAUAAGUGGUUUUACUGACUGUUUGAAGAUUAGCAAAUUUGUAUUUUAAAAUAACUCAAUGUCACCUGUUACAUGUAGGAAAUUUUGUAGGCAAAAUAACAUCUUUAUUUUGGUUAUUUUACACUUAGUAGUAAUAUUCAUGGUGGAUUUUAAAUUUGCUGUAACUAAAUGUAACUGAUUUAUAUAUAUUUUUUGAAAAUAAUAGUU